AUGCCCAGACCAACACAAAAGACAACCUCCAAAACAGCACACAUGUUUGACGAUAGAGUCGUACGACUAACUAAAACCGUAUCCAAGCCCCCGCAGCCACGGCCUAUGUCUGGCGUGUCUUCUUCUGUUCUCUACGAUGAGGAGUCGGGAGUCCUCAAAGUCCUUAAGUUUCCAAAGGGCUUCGGGAAGGCCGUGAAAACAGCGCGCGAGAAAAUGGGGAUGUCCCAGAAGGAUCUAGCCACAAAGCUCAGCAAGCCCAGCCAUGUGGUCCUGUCAAUAGAGAAGGACGAAGGUGUCUUUGACAAGCUUUUGUUCCAGCGAUUGGAGAAGACUCUUCAGACACAGUUUGAUCCGCUCUUCUCUCGUGGUAAAUAA